AUCUGUGACCAUGAAUGCCACAAAUUCGAGAUUCUUACAAGCUGUUGUCAAUGAAUAUCGUGAUAAAUGUCCUGAAUUGUCACGAAUUAUGACAAUGAAAUACUUUGAUCGUAUAAACGACUCAAACAUUGAAGGUUUAGGCGAGAAGUCUCAGUGGUGUUCAAAUGCAUGUGAACAUUGUGGCACCGUAUUUACGGCGGAAAACUGUACAUUCAGAAUAAAGCCGAAAAGGAGACGCAGAAAGGGAAAGAAAUGCUUGGUGAAAAACGAUAGCAAGUUGGAUAGAAUUCCCAAAUCAUCUAACUUUUUACAGAUUCUCUGCCAUUAUUGUGGGUGGAAAACAAGACAAAUAGGGGCAACGAGAGUAACGAGGAGAAGAGUGAGGAACGAUGAUGGAUCAUUAAGGAUGGACAAAAGGUUGUGCCAGACUCCCACGUUAUCAAAAAGUGGAUCUGUCACCGCUAAAUACACCCCAGAAUUAUCCAGAACACAGAGUCAACCUCGUUCACAAAACUCCACAGGAACUAGAAAGAAAAAUAAAAGCAAAUUAAAGGAACUUCUUGCUAAAGAAAAAUUAGAAUCAUCUCAAACAGAAUCUCCCAGCUUAUUGAACUUUCUCGCAACUAUUUAACAUAAUUCAGUAGGCAUUAUUGUAUCGUAUGGUAUUGAACAGAGAUGUAUAUUUUUACAUAAAAAUACAUU